AUGGUCGACGCUGUGCCUGACUUUACGCUAGAAGCACCCGACGUUUCCUCUUUGUCUAUGCUCCCUUUCGAUAUCUUCCCAGAUGGAGAGGAUCGAUUCUUGGAUAGCCACAUGUUUGCACUGCCGGCCAACUCUAUCCAGCUCGCCGGCCUCACAUUAGACGUCGACUUGACCGCUUCUUUGGGCCAGACACCGGCUGGGAGGACUAGUAUUACGGACCAAGGCCUGUCCACAUGGAACCAGAAUCAUCUUUCCACUACGCCUUUGACCCCGGGCAUACCGCAAGCGCCACGCUGGACCGAAGGCCCGGACGCGAACCUGGCGCUGAUAGAAAGCUGUGUUUGUGUGCAGGCUGAGAUGGAUAACAUCAAAGGCAAUCCUAGCAUAGAAGCGUUCCCUACUGGACUAAUGUUCUCUCUGCUCUGCUUGGGAACGUCCGUCUGCUGGCUGGACGCCCGUCUUCUCGGGUUGCCGUUCCUCAAGGAGGCAAAGGCUCUGCUUGGGCGUCUGUCAGAUCAGUGUCUUGACACUCGAGACGAUGCGGCACAAGACUUCCUCUUCUUCAGAAACAGUCUUGUGUACUGGGAAAUGCUACUUGCCGUGGUGAAUGGCGGCGAUAUAGCAGGUGGCACGGAUGAGCUUGUAUCUCGGGAGCGCAACAAGAGCGAAACCAUGACGGACUUGCUGCCGCAUCCUUGGACAGGCAUAUCCAGCAUGACGGCACGUUUGUUCUCCAGAUCUGUCACGCUAUGUAGGGCCUAUCGCCGAAUACUUACCAGGCCCACUGGGAGGGUGAUUGCCCUUUCUGCAGCAAUGGAGGCCUUUCAGGGCGCUCAAAAACUCGAAGAGCAGCUCCUAUCCUUGGACUACUCAUCGGUGAGCAGGAUGAACGAUACCGGUGAUCAAAAAACACCAUGGCUCCAUCUCGCCUGUGCUGCCGAAGCUUAUCAACUCUCUGCCUUGCUUCAACUGUACAUCACCUUCCCGGACCUGGUGUCAAUGCGCUUGCAACUUGCAUCAGCCCUUCCUGACGAGGACCACGCUUCUUGGGAUAAACUCAUUACCCCCUUGGCAUGUGACCUUGUCAAAGUACUGAAAAAAAUCCCCCCAGACUCUGGCAGCCGAGUUAUCCAGCCCAUUCUUUACAUCUGUGCUAGUACCGGCUUGAGAUACGGCCGAUUGGAUACACCAGCACCGUCGGCUCCCCAUCGUUUAGAAACAGGGAUACCUAAUGGAGCAGCGUACUUGGACUGCAUCAACUCCAAUAUUCUAGACUACGUCGAUGGAAUCGUUGCAACAAGUGACAAACAAACAGACUCUAGUCGAGUACCGUUGGAAGAUGCAGGCAUUGGCGCCUCUCGCGAGUUCAUUAUGAAACGUUUAGAUAUACUCGAGAACACUUUACAGCCGCGACCAAUCAGAGUUGCCAAAGACCUGGUGAAGGCUAUUUGGACCGCCUAUGAUGGAGAGCUUCCUGGUUGUAUCUCAGUUCAUUGGUUUGAUGUCAUGGAAGCACAUGAUUUGCGAUCACUAUUUGGAUGA